AUGGAUCCUGACGGCUUGUUCGACUUUCUAGCUCCUGCGGACGCCGCACCCAGCCCGGCAGCCUCGUCCGGUUCCUCGCCAUCCAAGAAACAGCGCAAGCGCAACAAAGCAGCAGCCGCAGCUAGCUCUUCCUCUGCCUCGAAGGCAAAGGACGCAUCUUCCUCUCAAAAUGGGAACCCGACAUCUCAGCCAGAGACCAAUGGUGAUGCUGUAUCAGACGAAGUCGAAGCAGGCCCUUCCAAACGUCAGAAGCUCAGUGUAGUCUCCGACAAGUCAGCCCCCGUCCCUACUGUGGUCACAGAUGAGUUCACUGCCGAAGCUACUCAGGCCAUACCAGUUGACAAUGGUCUCGCGGCUCCGUCCAACUCUGCAGAUGCGGCGAGUGAAGCUAUUACUGCUGCCUCGGCCACUGCCGAAUCAAAUGCCGCAGAGAAAAGGAUGCACGUCACCCACUCGGUCCGUCACCAGGUCGCACUUCCACCCGACUACCCCUACGUACCACUCUCACAGCACAUCCCCAACGAUCCGCCAGCAAAAGAGUACAAGUUCACUCUCGACCCUUUCCAGCGCAACUCAGUCUCCUGUAUCGAACGCAACGAGUCGGUCCUCGUCUCUGCACACACCUCGGCAGGUAAAACAGUCGUGGCCGAAUACGCCAUCGCCCAAUGUCUCAAGAACGGUCAACGUGUCGUCUACACCUCUCCCAUCAAGGCGCUCUCCAACCAAAAGUUCCGUGAACUCACCGCCGAGUUCGGCGACGUCGGUCUCAUGACCGGUGAUGUCACCAUCAACCCUUCAGCUUCCUGUCUCGUCAUGACCACCGAGAUUCUGCGUUCCAUGCUCUACCGCGGCUCCGAGAUCAUGCGCGAGGUCGCCUGGGUCGUCUUUGACGAGAUUCAUUACAUGCGCGACAAAGAGCGUGGUGUCGUCUGGGAAGAGACCAUCAUUCUACUUCCACGCAAGGUGCGCUACGUCUUCCUUUCGGCCACCAUCCCCAACGCCAUGCAGUUCGCAGAGUGGAUCGCCCACACACAUGCUCAGCCCUGCCACGUCGUCUACACCGAUUUCCGACCCACGCCUCUGCAACACUACCUCUUUCCACAAGGAGGCGAAGGCAUUCACCUCGUCGUCGACGAGCGCGGCACCUUCCGAGAAGACAACUUUCAAAAGGCGAUGGGUGCGCUUGCCGACUCCAAGGGCGAAGAUGUGGCCGAUCCCAAUGCUGGAGGCGGAAAGCGUCGUGGUCAGGUCAAGAAGGGCGGCAAUGCAGGCAAGAAGGGUCCAUCCGACAUCUACAAGAUCGUCAAGAUGAUCAUGGUCAAGAACUACAACCCCGUCAUCGUUUUUGCCUUCUCCAAGCGCGAAUGCGAGGCGCUCGCGUUGCAGAUGAGCAAGCUCGAAUUCAACACCGACGACGAAAAGGAGAUGGUAUCCACCGUGUUUACCAACGCCAUCAACGCCUUGUCCGAAGAAGACCGAGGCUUGCCUCAGAUCGAGCACAUCUUGCCACUCCUCCGUCGCGGCAUCGGCAUCCACCACGGCGGUCUCCUGCCCAUCCUCAAGGAAGUCAUCGAGAUCCUCUUCCAAGAAGGUCUCAUCAAGGUCCUCUUUGCCACCGAAACUUUCUCCAUCGGUCUCAACAUGCCCGCCAAGACCGUCGUCUUCACCGCCGUCAACAAGUGGGACGGUAAGGAGUUCCGCAACCUCACCUCGGGCGAAUUCAUCCAGAUGUCCGGUCGUGCCGGACGGCGUGGCCUCGACGACCGCGGUAUCGUCAUCAUGAUGUUUGACGAAAAGCUGGAACCGAGUGCUGCCAAGACCAUGGUCAAAGGUGAGGCCGAUCGACUCAAUUCGGCCUUCCAUCUUGGAUACAAUAUGAUCCUCAAUCUCAUGCGCGUGGAGGGUAUCUCGCCCGAGUACAUGCUGGAACGAUGUUUCUUCCAGUUCCAGAACGCUGCUUCGGUGCCUGCGCUCGAGGCGGAGCAGAAAGCGGCGGAAGAGCAGCGCGAUCUGAUCAAGGUGGAGCGCGAGGAAGAGGUGGCAGAGUACUACGACGUGAAGCACCAGCUCGAGACGCUGCGUACGGACGUUCAGACGGUGGUAACGCAUCCGUCGUACGUGCUGCCGUUCUUGCAGCCGGGACGACUGGUCAAAGUGUGUCAUGACGACCUCGACUUUGGUUGGGGUGCCGUUGUUUCGUAUGAGAAGCGUCUGCCGAACACGCCGGGUAAGCGAGGGCCGGCGAUCGAUCCGAACGCUCCACCACAAAAUCACUAUGUGGUGGAUGUGCUGCUGCACUGUGCCUCCGGUUCGGGAUCCAGCUCCUCGUCGGAUAAGAAGUCGAAGAACGACGCACCGAGCAACUUUUUGCCGUGUCCAGAGGGCAAGAAGGGAGAGAUGGUGGUGGUUCCCGUCCUGCUGUCGACGAUUCAAGCGCUUUCCGGGAUUCGCAUCUUCCUGGCGAAGGAUCUGCGCCCCACGGAGCCCCGCGAGACGGUGCGCAAGAACCUGGUCGAAGUCAAACGUCGCUUCCCCAAGGGCGUACCUCUUCUCGACCCGAUCAAGGAUAUGAAGAUCAAGGACGAAUCUUUCGCCCAUCUCGUCGAAAAGAUCAAGAUCCUCGACGACAAGCUUUCCUCCUCUCCGUUGCGAAACGACAAGGAUCUGCCAAGACUCUAUGCAGCGUACUCCAAAAAGCAAGAGGCGCAACAGCUCGUCGACGGUAUCGCGCGAAAGAUUGCUGCGGCGCAUUCAGUCCUGCAACUGGACGAACUCAAAUGCCGCAAGAGGGUGUUGAGGAGGCUCGGGUUUACGACGGGCGACGAUGUGGUGGAGAAAAAGGGUCGAGUGGCGUGCGAAAUCUCGACGGGCGACGAACUCCUGCUGACCGAGAUGAUCUUCAACGGAGUCUUCAACGACCUCACCCCGGCGCAGUGCGCUGCGCUUCUGUCGUGCUUCGUAUUCGGCGAGAAAUCGACCACCCAAACGCGUCUCAACGAAACGCUCGCCUCUCCGCUGCGCAUCAUGCAGGAGACCGCACGACGCAUCGCCAAAGUCUCGAUCGAAUCCAAGCUGCCGCUGGUCGAGGAGGAGUACGUCUCGAGCUUCAAGGUGGAGCUCAUGGAUCUGGUGAUGCAGUGGUGCAACGGCGCCAAGUUUGCCGAGAUCUGCAAGCUGACGGACGUGUUUGAAGAACGGCGAAAGGGAAAUCGGACUUGUGGUGCGGAAGAGGAAGAAACGCAUACGGAGAACUGUGGUGUGGGAAAGAGUGGGUUUGUGUGGAUUGUGACUUUGAGUGGAUGUGGGUGA